GGGCCGAUGGCGCCGGGCGGGGCCCCAGGGACCGCGACAGCCCGCGCACUCGUUAGGAGUUGCAGCUGCCGCCGCCCGCGUCUUCCAGGUCUCACCGCUUCCUCACCAGAGACCCGGGCUUGGCCGCCAUGUCCGCCGCGGACGAGGUUGACGGGCUGGGCGUGGCCCGGCCGCACUAUGGCUCUGUCCUAGAUAAUGAGAGACUCACUGCAGAGGAGAUGGAUGAAAGGAGACGUCAGAAUGUGGCUUAUGAGUACCUUUGUCACUUGGAAGAAGCAAAGAGGUGGAUGGAAGCGUGCCUAGGGGAGGAUCUGCCACCCACUACAGAACUAGAGGAGGGGCUUAGGAAUGGAGUUUAUCUGGCCAAACUAGGAAACUUCUUCUCUCCCAAAGUGGUGUCCCUGAAAAAAAUCUAUGAUCGAGAACAGACCAGAUACAAGGCAACUGGCCUCCACUUCAGACACACAGAUAAUGUGAUUCAGUGGUUGAAUGCCAUGGAUGAGAUUGGAUUGCCUAAGAUUUUUUACCCAGAAACCACAGAUAUUUAUGAUCGAAAGAACAUGCCAAGAUGUAUCUACUGUAUCCAUGCACUCAGUUUGUACCUGUUCAAACUGGGCCUGGCUCCUCAGAUUCAAGACCUGUAUGGAAAGGUUGACUUCACAGAGGAAGAAAUCAACAACAUGAAGAUCGAACUAGAGAAGUAUGGGAUCCAGAUGCCUGCCUUCAGCAAGAUCGGGGGCAUCCUGGCCAAUGAGCUCUCAGUGGAUGAAGCUGCCUUACAUGCUGCUGUUAUUGCUAUUAAUGAAGCUAUUGAUCAUAGAGUUCCAGCCGACACCUUUACAGCUUUGAAAAAUCCCAAUGCCAUGCUUGUAAAUCUUGAAGAGCCCCUGGCUUCCACCUACCAGGAUGUACUUUACCAAGCCAAGCAGGACAAAAUGGCAAAUGCUAAAAACAGGACAGAAAAUUCUGACAGAGAAAGGGAUGUUUAUGAGGAGCUGCUCACACAAGCUGAGAUUCAAGGCAAUAUAAACAAAGUCAAUACAUUUUCUGCAUUAGCCAACAUCAGCCUAGCUUUGGAGCAGGCCUCUGCUCUGGCCCUGUUCAAGGCUCUGCAGUCACCAGCUCUUGGACUGCGAGGAUUGCAGCAACAGAACAGCGACUGGUAUUUGAAGCAGCUCCAAAGUGACAAGCAGCAAAAGAUACAGAGUGGCCAGACUGACCCCCUACAGAAGGAGGAGGUACAGGCUGGAGUGGAUGCUGCCAACAUUGCUGCCCAGCAGUACCAGAGAAGAUUGGCAGCAGUGGCAGCAAUUAAUGCUGCCAUCCAGAAGGGUGUCGCUGAGAAGACCGUUUUGGAGCUAAUGAAUCCUGAAGCCCAGCUGCCUCAGGUGUAUCCCUUUGCUGCUGAUCUUUAUCAGAAGGAGCUGGCUACUCUGCAGCAGCAGAGUCCUGAACAUAGCCUUACUCACCCUGAGCUCUCUGUUGCUGUGGAGAUGUUGUCAUCUGUGGCCCUCAUCAAUAGGGCAUUGGAAUCAGGAGACAUGAAUACAGUGUGGAAACAGCUGAGCAGCUCAGUUACAGGCCUUACCAAUAUUGAAGAAGAAAACUGUCAGAGAUAUCUCGAUGAGUUGAUGAAGCUGAAAACUCAGGCACAUGCAGAGAAUAGUGAAUUUAUUACCUGGAAUGACAUCCAGGCUUGUGUGGACCAUGUGAACCUGGUGGUACAAGAGGAACAUGAGCGGAUUUUGGCCAUUGGUUUAAUUAAUGAAGCCCUGGAUGAAGGGGAUGCCCAGAAGACUCUGCAGGCCUUGCAGAUUCCUGCUGCUAAACUUGAGGGGGUCCUUGCAGAGGUGGCCCAGCAUUACCAAGACACACUGAUUAGAGCAAAGAGAGAAAAGGCCCAGGAAACCCAGGAUGAGUCAGCUGUGUUAUGGUUGGAUGAAAUUCAAGGUGGAAUCUGGCAGUCUAACAAAGACACCCAAGAAGCACAGAAGUUUGCCUUGGGAAUCUUUGCCAUCAAUGAAGCCGUUGAAAGUGGUGAUGUUGGCAGAACCCUGAGUGCCCUUCGUUCUCCGGAUGUCGGCUUAUAUGGAGUCAUCCCUGAAUGUGGGGAAACAUACCAGAGUGACCUUGCUGAUGCCAAGAAGAAAAGACUGGCAGCAGGAGACAAUAACAGCAAGUGGGUAAAGCACUGGGUGAAAGGCGGAUAUUAUUAUUACCACAAUCUGGAGACCCAAGAAGGAGGAUGGGAGGAGCCUCCAGACUUUGUGCAGAAUUCUAUGCAGCUUUCUCGGGAAGAGAUCCAGAGUUCCAUCUCUGGGGUGACUGCUGCAUAUAACAGAGAACAGCUUUGGCUGGCCAAUGAAGGCUUGAUCACCAAGCUGCAAGCCUGUUGCCGAGGUUACUUAGUUCGACAGGAAUUCCGAUCCAGGAUGAACUUCCUAAAGAAACAGAUCCCUGCAAUCACCUGUAUUCAGUCACAGUGGAGAGGCUACAAACAGAAGAAGGCAUAUCAAGAUCGAUUAGCUUACCUGCACUCCCAUAAAGACGAAGUUGUGAAGAUUCAGUCCCUGGCAAGGAUGCAUCAAGCUAGAAAGCGCUAUAGAGAUCGCUUACAAUAUUUCAGAGACCAUAUAAAUGACAUUAUCAAAAUCCAAGCUUUCAUUCGGGCAAACAAAGCUCGUGAUGACUACAAGACACUCAUCAAUGCUGAGGAUCCUCCUAUGAUUGUGGUCCGAAAGUUUGUCCAUCUCCUGGAUCAAAGUGACCAAGACUUUCAGGAGGAACUUGAUCUUAUGAAGUUGAGGGAGGAAGUUAUCACCCUCAUUCGUUCCAAUCAACAGCUGGAGAAUGACCUCAAUCUCAUGGAUAUCAAAAUUGGACUGCUGGUGAAGAACAAGAUCACACUGCAGGAUGUGGUUUCCCACAGUAAAAAACUUACCAAAAAAAAUAAGGAGCAGUUGUCUGAUAUGAUGAUGAUAAAUAAGCAGAAGGGAGGUCUCAAGGCUUUGAGCAAGGAGAAGAGAGAGAAACUGGAAGCCUAUCAGCACCUGUUCUAUUUAUUGCAAACCAAUCCCACCUAUCUGGCCAAGCUGAUUUUUCAGAUGCCCCAGAACAAAUCCACCAAGUUUAUGGACUCUGUAAUCUUCACACUCUACAACUAUGCAUCCAACCAGCGGGAGGAGUACCUGCUGCUGCGGCUCUUCAAAACGGCGCUCCAGGAGGAGAUCAAGUCAAAAGUGGAUCAGAUUCAAGAGAUUGUGACAGGAAAUCCUACUGUUAUUAAGAUGGUUGUAAGUUUCAACCGUGGUGCCCGAGGCCAGAAUGCCCUUCGACAGAUUUUGGCCCCUGUUGUGAAGGAGAUCAUGGAUGACAAAUCUCUCAACAUCAAAACUGACCCUGUGGAUAUUUACAAAUCUUGGGUUAAUCAGAUGGAGUCUCAGACAGGAGAGGCAAGCAAACUGCCUUAUGAUGUGACCCCUGAGCAGGCUCUGACUCAUGAAGAAGUGAAGACAAGGCUAGAUAACUCCAUCAGGAACAUGAGGGCUGUGACGGACAAGUUCCUCUCUGCCAUCAUUAGCUCUGUGGACAAAAUCCCUUACGGGAUGCGCUUCAUUGCCAAAGUGCUAAAGGAUUCCCUGCAUGAGAAGUUUCCCGAUGCUGGUGAGGAUGAACUGCUGAAGAUUAUUGGUAACUUGCUUUACUAUCGAUACAUGAACCCUGCCAUCGUUGCACCUGAUGCCUUCGACAUCAUUGACCUGUCAGCAGGGGGCCAGCUUACCACAGACCAGCGCCGAAAUCUGGGCUCCAUUGCAAAGAUGCUUCAGCAUGCGGCUUCCAAUAAGAUGUUCCUGGGCGAUAAUGCCCACUUAAGCAUCAUUAAUGAGUAUCUUUCCCAGUCCUACCAGAAAUUCAGACGAUUUUUCCAAACUGCUUGUGAUGUCCCCGAGCUUCAGGAUAAAUUUAAUGUGGAUGAGUAUUCUGAUCUAGUCACCCUCACCAAACCAGUUAUCUACAUCUCCAUUGGUGAAAUCAUCAACACCCACACUCUCCUGUUAGAUCAUCAGGAUGCCAUUGCUCCAGAGCAUAAUGACCCGAUUCAUGAGCUGCUGGAUGACCUCGGUGAGGUGCCCACCAUCGAGUCCCUCAUAGGGGAAAGUUGUGGCAGCUUAAACGACCCCAGUAAAGAGGCGCUGGCUAAGACAGAAGUAUCUCUCACAUUGACCAACAAGUUUGAUGUGCCUGGAGAUGAGAAUGCAGAGAUGGAUGCUCGAACCAUCUUGCUGAACACGAAACGUUUAAUUGUGGAUGUCAUCCGGUUCCAGCCAGGAGAGACCUUGACUGAAAUCCUAGAAACACCAGCCACCAGUGAACAGGAAGCUGAACAUCAGAGGGCCAUGCAGAGACGUGCUAUCCGGGAUGCCAAAACCCCUGACAAGAUGAAAAAGUCAAAAUCAAUAAAGGAAGAUAAUAAUCUCAGCCUCCAGGAGAAGAAGGAGAAGAUCCAGGCAGGCUUGAAGAAGCUAACGGAACUUGGGACCGUGGACCCAAAGAACAGAUACCAGGAGCUCAUCAACGACAUUGCCAGGGAUAUCCGAAAUCAGCGGAGAUACCGACAGAGGAGGAAAGCAGAACUGGUGAAACUGCAGCAGACCUAUGCAGCUCUGAACUCUAAGGCUACCUUUUAUGGAGAGCAGGUGGAUUACUAUAAAAGCUAUAUCAAAACCUGCUUGGAUAACUUAGCCAGCAAGGGCAAAGUCUCAAAAAAACCUAGGGAAAUGAAAGGAAAGAAAAGCAAAAAGAUUUCUCUGAAAUACACAGCAGCAAGACUACAUGAGAAAGGCGUUCUUCUGGAAAUUGAGGACCUACAAGCCAAUCAGUUUAAAAACGUUAUCUUUGAAAUCGGUCCAACAGAAGAAGUUGGAGACUUUGAAGUGAAAGCCAAGUUCAUGGGAGUUCAGAUGGAGACUUUCAUGUUGCAUUACCAGGACCUGCUGCAGCUGCAGUAUGAGGGAGUCGCAGUUAUGAAGUUAUUUGACAGAGCAAAAGUAAACGUCAACCUCCUGAUCUUCCUCCUCAACAAAAAGUUCUACGGGAAGUAAUCAGUCAUUUGCUGCCAGCCUAGCAGAAGGUGGGAAAGUGACACCUCACAGCAGCCUUUCUGGGGUUCUUCUUAAUCCUUGGAAGCAAAGAUAUCCAGCCCAGCAGUGCCUUGAUCGCGUACAUUCCUGAUGCCUCAUUUUGAAGUGCCCUCUUCUGACAGGACAUUCAGUGCCCUCUUUUCAUAGUGAAAUUAUAUUUCAGGCUUAGUCUGACCCCACUUCCCUCAUUUUCUUUCAUCACUUAGGAAAGAGUGGAAGCUCCACCAAAUCCCUUUCUGUUACAGCCUUUGACCAUGGUGUUACUCUUUUGUAAACUUUGGUGUUUGUUUUCUUAGAAUAAGGAUGGUGGGAUUGAAAUCCUUGUUUAGGCAUGAAAGUGUGAGCAGUAAUAACACACAUGCACGUAAGAUUUGCAGUUAAGACAGUCCAUCAAAGAUGAAGACGGUCUGGGAUCAUCUUCUGUUCUCUCUUCGUUUAUAGGCAGAACUAAUAAAAGUUACUGUUCUGUCGUCAAACGAAGCAACUUUAGGAAAAAGGAGCUACUGCUUUUAGCCUUCACCAUUAAACCUGGGCAGUGCUGUUUGUGUAGCACCCUCCCCAGCAAGUGAGCAUCCCACUGGUCAUACUCACCUCCUGAGGGAGAUGGAGAGUAAGCUAAGCUGCCCACCUGCUCACACCAGUGCAUUGAACUCCAUUCAAGGACAGUGGACCACUCCAUCCCCUCAGCAGAGAGCUGGUUCACCCUAGUAUAGAAUGAAACUAUUUUCAAAACUGUUUCUGUCUUCCAAGAGUGCCUUAUUAAAAUAUAGAUUUAUUUCUUAAAAUGUGAGCAGUAGGAAUUUUAAAGAUUUAUAUAAUGCUUUAAACACUCUGAAAAGGUAUUGUUUUUUAAUUGAGUUAUCUGUAUAUCUGAAUUCUUGAAACUUUCCUAUAGCUAAAGCUCUACGAUUUUUCUGUAGAGAUGGUCCUGUCUUACCUUAUGAGCUGCAGCCAAGCUGUGUUGAUACUUGGUUAAAAUCAGCUUUCCCAUUUACAUCUCUUGCUGCCCACAUUCCUGCCUUUAUUCUACCCACCCCAGACUUAAGCUUAGUCAAAGACAAUUUAGUUCCAAACAUUGAAUUUAGAAACCUUUGUCCUUCAGUAAAAAUUUAUAAACCUUUUUUAAAAAUCAGUUUAUCCAGAAAGAUAGGUAGAUCAUGCUACCAAGCCUCUGAUUUAUUUUAUAUUUUGGUUCAGUAUUCUUCUUUCAUAAAAAUUAAGAAUUAAGUGAACAUUGCAGUUUACUGGUAUAUAUUUAAGGCCAGUAAACUAUUUUAAUAAGUAACAAAUUAUGUAGCACAUCCCUUUUAGAAAUGUAAAUUAUGGAGAAGUAUUUUUCACAGUGUCCACAUGGUCAGGCUAUGGUGAGGCCCUCAGGGAGCAGGUGCAGGGAGACAGAUGCCAAAGGAAGGACUCGCCAGGACAUUGACCUUGUUUUUCAAUGUAUUUUGGAAAUGUUCUCCUCAGAUUAAAGGAAGAUGCUCAGCCUGGCAUGGUAGUGCACACCUACAAUCCCAGCACUUAGGAGCCUGAGGCAGCAGGAUUAUUAAGUCAGGGCCAGCCAGGGCUACAUAUCUAUACCCUGUCUCAAAGGAAAAAAUUAAAAAGAAAAAGGAAAAAAAAAGAUAUUGUUAAAAUGAUCAUCACCUAAAAAAUGGGGCCUAACAAGUGUAUCAGGUGUUUUCUUAGAAAAAGGAUGCCCAUCUCAAACACCUGUCCCAAAGGCCACCUCCAAGACAAUAGUUUAUAAGGGUUGCCAGUGCCUUAAAUAACGUGUUUCAGUUAUCUGUAAGGAUGGCUGUUCUCUGAACACAACUUCUUAGAUAGAAUUGUACCAACUGCAGUUCUUCAGGAAUUUUGAUGGCAGCUGUAGAAUCCUGUUUUAAACAGCACAGAGGUUGCCUGCAAGUCUCAAGUCGGUGCACUGAAAUCAUGCAGUGCUCAUGUUAUUUAUUAGUUGUUGCCUCCUGUUUUGGCUUCCUCCUUUGACCUUCUCUUUGCCCAGCCAUCAUGACAUUUACCAUGCAUUUACUUCCUCCCAAGAAUUUGGACUGCCCAUCAGAUUGUUGCUUCGUACAAUUGCCUUUGUAUCUCCAUAUGAAAUAAAAGGUCACUUGUU